UCAGCUGUUUGCUGAGGACCCAUCCACGCACGGUUUUCUUAAAGGAGACCAGUGCACCAGCGAAGACUGAUAUUUGACCCAUCUUCUCCAGCUGACUGCUGUCCGUCGCUUCCCCCCUGCAACUCCCUACCCCUCCUUUUCUCCCUCUCCGCCUCUGUCUCGCUCUUUCUCUCUUUCUGAGAUCUCUCUGAGCCGUGCUCUUUGUGAAACAGAACACAAACCUUCACACACUGGCGGAGUGCAGCAGUCUGCGCCUGUGUCAGGGGGACUGCACGCGGUGGGCAGGCAUGGAUCGCUUCCUUGGCUUCGUCAAGCAGAUCCGGAGGUCCAGGAGACGCAAGGGCAAAAAGUAUCGUCCGGAAGAGGAUUAUCAUGAGGGUUAUGAGGACGUCUAUUACUAUGCUUCUGAGCACCUGCACCAUGAGGGGCCCUACACUAAACACUCCAAUCCCUCCAGGCCACCAGAUGGCGCUCUGGCCAUUAGGAGACAGAGUAUUCCAGAUGAGUUUAAGGGCACGAGUACCGUGGAGCUGAUCAAGAAGGAAGGCACCACCCUGGGUCUGACAGUAUCCGGAGGCAUCGACAAAGACGGCAAGCCCAGAGUCUCCAACCUGCGCCAGGGCGGCAUCGCUGCCAGGAGUGACCAGUUGAACGUAGGGGACUACAUAAAAUCUGUAAACGGAAUCAACUUGACAAAGUUUCGUCAUGAUGAGAUCAUCAGUCUGCUGAAGAAUGUGGGUGAAAGGGUUGUCCUGGAGGUCGAGUAUGAGCUACCGCCUGUCUCUGUACAGGGCUCAGGGGUCAUGUUCAAAAAUGUGGAGGUGACGUUGCACAAAGAAGGCAAUACUUUCGGUUUCGUCAUCAGAGGAGGUGCCCAUGAAGACAGGAACAAAUCUCGCCCGGUUACCAUUACAACCAUCAGACCUGGUGGUCCGGCUGACAGGGAAGGAACCAUCAAACCCGGUGACAGGCUGCUCAGUAUAGACGGAAUUCGUCUGCAUGGAGCGUCUCACGCAGAGGCCAUGAGUAUCCUCAAACAGUGUGGCCAGGAAGCCACACUUCUAAUAGAGUAUGAUGUGUCAGUCAUGGAUUCUGUAGCCACAGCUUCAGGCCCGCUGUUGGUGGAGGUGGCCAAGUCGAUGGGCUCCAGUUUAGGUCUGGCUCUCUCUACCUCCAUGUACUGUAAUAAGCAGGUCAUCAUCAUCGACAAGGUCAAACCAGCCAGCAUCGCCGAUAGGUGUGGUGCACUGCAUGCAGGUGAUCACAUCUUGUCGGUGGACGGCACAAGUAUGGAGUAUUGCACACUGGCCGAGGCCACCCAGCUGCUAGCUAGCGCUUCAGAACACGUCAAAAUGGAGAUUUUGCCCCACCACCAAACAAGACUGGCUCUCAAGGGCCCUGAACAUGUCAAGGUGCAGAGGAGUACCCGGACAUUGCCCUGGGAAUCCGGAACCAACAACAACAGCAACUUCCUUCCCUAUCAACACUAUAACACCUACCACCCCGACCAGUCCCGCAGCCAGACCAAGCAGAAAACCUCUCCAAACAAUCCCCCUCUGGGUUCAUCCUUCUCUCCCACCUCCAUGAGUGCCUACAGUCUGAGCUCACUCAACAUGAACACGUUGCCACGCACCAUGUAUCCCACAAGUCCCCGAGGCACCAUGAUGAGACGCAAACUGAAGAAGAAAGACUACAAGAGCUCAAUGUCUCUGGCUUCCAGUACCGUAGGGCUGGCUGGGCAGGUGGUCCACACAGAAACAACAGAGGUGACCCUCAUUAGCGACUCCAUCAUGGGCUUUGGGAUCCAGCUCCAAGGAGGAGUCUUUGCCACAGAAACCCUGUCCUCUCCACCGCUCAUCGCUUACAUAGACCCCGACAGUCCGGCAGAGCGGUGCGGCAUCCUGCAGAUCGGCGACCGCAUCCUGUCAAUAAACGGCAUUCCCACUGAGGACAGCACGCUGGAAGAGACCAAUCAGCUGCUGAGGGACUCCAGCAUCACCAGCAAAGUCACACUGGAGAUUGAGUUUGACGUAGCAGAAUCGGUCAUUCCAAGCAGUGGGACCUUCCAUGUGAAGCUACCAAAGAAGCCAGGUGUGGAGCUGGGCAUCACCAUCAGCUCUCCUUCCAGUAGGAAGCCCGGAGAUUCGCUCAUCAUCUCUGACAUAAAGAAAGGCAGCGUUGCGCACAGAACGGGCACCCUGGAGCUGGGGGAUAAGCUCCUGGCAAUAGACAACAUCCGCCUGGACAACUGCUCCAUGGAGGACGCGGUUCAAAUCCUGCAGCAGUGCGAAGACCUGGUUAAACUCAAGAUCCGCAAGGACGAGGACAACUCAGGUAUCCUACGUGAUGGCAGUGUUGAUAGGGACGCCCGUGUGCUGUUGGCCUGUGUUGCAGACGAGCAGGAGACCUCCGGCGCCAUCAUUUACACGGUGGAGCUGAAACGCUACGGCGGGCCGCUGGGCAUCACAAUCUCGGGCACCGAGGAGCCCUUCGACCCCAUCAUCAUCUCCAGCCUCACUAAAGGCGGCCUGGCCGAGAGGACUGGUGCCAUCCACAUUGGUGACCGCAUACUGGCCAUUAACAGCAACAGUUUGAAGGGCAAACCUCUCAGUGAGGCCAUCCACCUGCUGCAGAUGGCAGGAGAGUCCGUCACGCUGAAGAUCAAGAAGCAGGGAGAAUUGCCAAGCCCAAAGCAGCCCUCGGUUACGGGUCGCAUGAAUGAUCUGAGCGAUAUGGAGGACGAGGGUCAGGGUGGGCAGAAAUCUGUAAAACUCUCAGACAUCUAUUCCACCACCAUCCCCAGUGUGGACAGCGCAGUGGAAUCCUGGGACGGUUCUGCCAUUGACGCCACCUUCAGCACCCAGGCUCCCACGGGUUUCCAGGCAUCGGGCUACAGUUUCCACAGCCAUGAGUGGAGGAAUGCCAAGCCCAGCCAGGGCAGCCUCUCCCCGGUCAACAGCAGCCGGCAGAGGAACAACAUCCUGCCAGACUUCGUACUCGGUGUGGAUGAAUGGGACAGGCCAAGCGCUAGCGGGGCAUCCACGCUCCCCACCGGUUUAAUCUCAGACAGCAGGUUUACAGUGGGGCACGAUGGGACGGAGCCAGACCAGGAAGAGAACUUCUGGUCCCAAGCGCUCGAAGACCUAGAGACGUGCGGCCAAUCCGGGAUCUUGCGAGAACUUGAGGACAAGCCAGACAGGCUUCUGAAUAAGAGAAACCUGGCCAUCUUGGCCACCAUCAUGUCGGGCAGCUCUUUAAGUCUAAACCACGACCCUGCGCCCACCCGAAGCCAUCUGGGCCGUCAGGCCAGCUUUCAGGAACGUGGCAGCAACAAACCACAAUACACACAGGCAAACCGCAGCAACACCCUUCCCACCGACGUCGGCAAAAAAUCGUUCUCCAUGAGGAGAAUGAAGCAGGAGAUCAAAGACAUGUCACCUACCCCAGUUGAGCUACAUAAGAUGAGUCUGUUGAAGGACUCAGAUCUUGAGGACUUUGGGUUUAGUGUGUCUGAUGGGGUCCUGGAGAAGGGGGUUUAUGUUAACAAUAUCCGUCCGGCCGGCCCUGCUGAAAUCGGAGGCCUGAAGCCAUACGACAGACUGCUACAGAUAAACCACGUCCGGACUAGAGACUUUGACUGCUGCUUAGUGGUUCCUCUCAUAGCAGAGUCCGGGAACAAACUGGAUCUAGUCAUAAGCCGGAACCCAGUUUCCUCGCUGACCUCAGAACUGAACCCAUUGGCCAAUGACGAGGCUGUGAACUGGACUGACUCCGGGGACCCUCUCGAGCAGCCCGCUGCAGGGCUGGAGCGGGGCCAGCACAACUCCACGCUAGCGGGACUAGAGGACAGAGACCCCAACAAGACCUUAUAGCAGAACUCUUCCAAGGUGCCUGCAAUGGAGCGCUCCUCCUCAUGGUGCUAAAGCAAACCCUCCCCUCCCUAAACGGCUCCCUCUAGUGGAGGAAAACGAGGGGCUUGUUGUCCUUUAGCACACACCCAGUCCCUUUCCUAAGUCAGAGCAUGAACCACCGUGACUGAGAGGUCCUUACCUGACACGCUGGGUGUGUUUUUACCCUGUGAAAAAGGCGGCGAAGACCACACUGACCUCUUGGAAAACCAAAUUGUGAGGAAAAGAAAACCUGAAACAGUGCCAUCCCUGAUUUUUAUUGCCAAUAAACAAGAAUAGUUUUAAGGACAACUCAAAAAAACACAAAAAAAAAGAAGCAAAAGAUGCAUAAAAGCAACACUGAGACUUUUACUUAUGAUAUCGGACUGGCCACUCUGUGAUCGUCCGUGUUUGUGUGAGUUCGAAUGUGUGUGUGCGCGCGUGUCCCGAGACUUUAUUUCCCAAGCCUCCACGAAGUCUGUCAAAGUCCCACAUCCGAAACACAACCGUCGACCCUCCUAUUUUUGUGAUACUAAAACACAAGUGUGCGUAUAGUGUAUGUCCGUGUAUUUCCUUCUAUCUGAUGCCAAGGUCAGAGCUGGUCCCUUUUCUUGCUCGACAAGAGAGGAUAAAGCUGUGUGUAGGGGAAAAAAAAUAAUCAGCACAAUGAAUUCGGUAGCCAUUUUUCAAUUGUGACUGAAUGUGGGUUAUAGCCUAAUGCAUGAGACCUUUUAAUAAACUAUUUUGUAGUACUUCUGUCCAAAAAAACAAGAGCUUGGCUACAUGAAAAACACCAUGUUUUGGUUCUCUUUUCACCGCAAAUAUGAAAUCCUAUGUCACUCAUAAGGAGAGGGUGGCACAAAGGCACCUUAUCUUGAAAUUGGAUAGAUGUCUAUUUUUAUGAAUCGAGGCGGAUGAUUUAUAAGGGAUGUGUGUGAUUUUGAGCGGUGGCUGGCUGGUUAGCAUUAGGUCACUAUCGACCAUGUACCGGAGCAGAUUGAUGGCACGAAGAAGGUCAUUCGGUUCGGAAACUCUUUGUACUUUGUUAGGUAACCGCCGUAGGUCUGCGGUCUCCAGACUCUCGGCCCACUUUUUGAGGAAAUCCAUCAUUGGCCCAAAGGAUAGAACAGCUUAUUUAUUCCGACAUCAAUCUCGUAAACGAAAACGACAGCCGUUCAAGUAGGUACUCGCAUAUUGUUUACUCCGCUGUCUGUGAUAAAUGAGACUAUUUCGACGAACAAAUUCAUCUCAUUCGCUUAAAUUUGCAGUACCCACUUAUGACAAAAACACGAGCAUGGGGUUGAUGUCCAUGAGAAAAAAAAAAUCCUGAAAAGACUUUUGUAUUCCUCCCACCAUUGUUUAAAUAGUUAUAAAUCAUUAUGGUGAUUUGUAUAUGGUACUGUUAUGGUUUUAUGUCUCAUCUGACAUUUUUUUUCCAGACUGUGUAAGCCCAAAGGGUGCGCAAUUCGUUUGUAAAGAGAAAAAAAAAUCGAGUGUCAAAUCAUGAGAAUGGGUUUUUCCUACCGUAUGUGGUAGACCACUAAACAUCACAUUUGUAGCUCUGUUUGGAGAAAAAAAUGACAUUAGUAAAGAAAAAAAUGCCAUGGGUAAGCUGCUAAUGGCAAUGAAGAGCCUCACCCACCUGUGUGAAACUGUGCUUUUGAUGAGUGAUGUCACCCUCGUUUGUCAGUGCUCAACGAUCCUGUCUACUCACUAUUUUCAAAUGGCACAUUGUGGUCCAACUACUGAACCGAACAAAAACCCCAUCAAGCCCACUUGAUGGAGAAAGUUUACCGAUGAUGAAAAGGUGUCUUUAUUUGUUGUUCUAUUUCAGAUAAACCUUCAGGUACGGGUUCAUUCCCCAAACUCAUGCACUGAGCAACUCACUGAGAUGUUUCUCAAAUGCAUAAACGCUACAUGUUGAAUUAUGGUUCUCAAGGCCUGAUUCAAGAGUUAGUUGUCACUUUCAUUGCAACGCUUUCCUUGACCUCGACUUAAAUUUGUCAACACUUCACUGUGUUCCUGCGAAUACACUGGUCAAGUGAAAAGAAGAAAAAAAACAACUCAUUUUUGUGUUACAUUUGUGGAAACGUUUAGUGAAGUCAAGCACUGCCAGUUAAAAUUAGUGGGUGUCCAUUUUCAGUAUACGAUGAAUUUGAUUCAAUGUCAGUUAUGUCCCUGAAAUAUUGUAUUUUUAUUUCUAAUGGACAGGUAUUAUGAGCUGUAAAGUAUUUUUGUACAAAUUUAAUACUUUGUUAGCAUGAUGUUUAUCGUCUAUGUAUAAAUUUGGGGAUUCCUACAGCUGUAAUCCUUUGUAUGGCCGACGAACAGAGAAACAAUAAAACGACAUACUGAGUGGAGAGAUGACACUGAAAUGA